AUGUGCGCUUUGUGGACAAAGUUUAGUCUGGAUAAGAUCUUGCCUGAGAAAGGAUCUGCCAUUGACAUAAGCAACCUUUUUGUCAAAAGAAAAGUUCGAAGUGACCAACUUCCUUCACCUGCAAUUUUAUAUCUGAAGGAAUUACUUGACGAAUUGUAUGUAUACAUUUCGAAGUUUUCCCCAGCGGAUUCUACAGUCUUAGAUUCAUGCUCAGUAACUUUUACUUUGUUUUUGAGUUUACCUUUUCUGUUUGCCGAGCAAUCGAAUACGGCGAAUUUGUGUACAGUUUUACCGCUGAUUUUUUGGAAUAUCAUACUUUUCGUAGAAACAUGCCAUCAGCGAAUGGAUUUACGAAGCGCAUGCGCGCCGCUUCAUCUUGCAUGGCAGCAUUUGAAUGAUCCCUCUUAUUCCAACAGUUGGAAGCAAUGGUCCACUGGUUUGUGUUGUGCUGCAACUGCGAUCGAUAAAGUAUGGAUGACUGAUAAGAAAGCUUCAGAACGUUAUUUCAGUUUCUACAAGCGUUGUAGCGUUUUUGAACCCUUUGGAAGCUACGAUGAGUGGAAAAAGUAUGAAGAUGAGCUCGAAAUUUUGACUGCAAACAGUGCUACAGUGAAUAAUAGAAGUGGUUUAAUGCAACCAGAUGCUAAUGAAGUGGGAAAGUGUCAUGCUAAUAAGAACAGUGUUUUAAGCUUAACGCUGAGACUGAUGACAGACAUUUGCUGUGGUUUUGCGAUUUUGAAUAAUCAUAAUAGCAAACAGAUAUUACUUGAGCUGCUGUCAAUAUCGAAGCAUCAUCCUGUUGAGCUUUGUCGUUUGGUAUGGUUAAAUCUUAAAGAUAAAAAAUGGUCACAGGUUGCAUGUUUUACUCAGUAUAUUUGUUCAGACUUUGCUGUUAAGGAAAUUUCGAUUGCUUGCAAAAAUAUUGAUCUAGCUCGGGUCACUUUGGGUACAGAACUAUUCUCAUCAGUAUGGCGUUCGAUGAGUUUUCAAUUAUCUUCACGAGAGCUUACACUGACACAACUUGAUAAUUUCCCCAUCCAGCUAAAACAUUUAUGUACCUAUUUCUGGAAGAUUGGAGUUCAUUUGAAAUCUUUUAAAUUGAAAUACAAGGAAAAACUUCUAACUGUGAUCGAUUAUUUCGAAUCAUUGUUGGAUUCACCAUCCUUCACUAAUUCAUCUGCCAACGAUACUUUGUCAAGUUUAAUACAGCGCUUGGAAGUAAUCGCUUGUGCGCUAUUACCACUAUCGAUCCCGGCGAGGAACUGCAUUGAUCCGGUGAUGAGUGAUGAAAUGAAUUUCAAUUAUUUGAUGAAUAAGAAAAAAUUGCUUGAAAAUAUUGUUGGCGUUUUGCAAUCCUAUCAAGGAGUAAUCAGUGGUCAGACGGAUUUGGCGUUGUUUUCAAAUUCCAAGCAUCCGUUUAUAAGUAGCCUUCUAUAUACGUAUAAUUCUGUGAUGAAGGAAUUGGAAAAUUAUUCACAAAAUACAGUUUCUUUUCGUCCUCAUUAUACAGAUUUUCCAUCACUGGCGAUAACAUUGAAUUCUUUCCUCGGAACAGUUCUCGAACAGCAUCGCACAUUUUCUUUUAUCGAUCUGGAUCACUUAGAUAAUCUAUCGGAUGAUACCAUUCGAAUGACGGUGGCGCAGAUUGAUAGCUUUUUAACAUCCGUCCAGUCCUUCUAUAAUAGAACAUUUUCUGAAUACAGUGCCUUCACGGAUAUCAUCUGUCCAUUUUUCAUGUUUUUGAAUAUUUUGGUGGCAACGAUUUCAUACAAGCGCUUUCAUAUAAUUCAGCUAAUGAAUUUACGCAAUUUAGUUGAUGCUUACAACUUCCCAGCCAAGUUUUUGCUUAAAUGGAACUAUUUGAAUAAUUCACCAGAAAGUGAUGUUUUAUACAAAUGGUGUAUUUCGGAAAAAACAAUAAUGCCAAAAAGAUUACAAAAGGAAUUAGUUGCUCUUUCUCUGAAGAAAUAUAAACAAUACAGGGAAUGUUUCCCUAAUCUCAAAGAGAUUAUGGUCAACGAAAUUAUUGAAUGGAUUAGAAAUCAAUGGUCGAAGUGGUUUGAAGCUAAUACAGAAAAAGAAGAACGAACAUACGUUUAUCGGAAAAGCACAAAACACGGAGAGGAAGAGCUUGAUGAUGAUGACAUUAAGGUCCGAGAAUUGCUGCCAGAUUUCACGGCUUCCAGUGAUGAACAAGAUUUAUUUAAAGAAUCAGCAUUUUUCGUUUCACCAUCUACCACUUGUAUCGACAGUGAAAGUUUGACAGAAAUACUUCAUCUACUGGCAAAUGAGGAAUAUAUCCGUGGCUGCGAUGGUCAUAUGGCUUUAGCGUGGAUGAUGGAUACAGCAUCGUCAUGUGGUCUUGUGGACGACUUAGUAGAUUCAAAAGUUUUUGUUUAUAACCUUUAUGCGUUAAAUCAAUUGGAUCGUGAUGAAGACAUACAGAUUGUUGAUGUGUACCGAAGAAAUAGCAGAUCAGAAUUGAAGAAAUGUAUCGCAGUAAUGAAACCGCUGAUCAAACGUGUGUACUGGUUGAAGGAAAAAUGGCCUGAAAUGACAGUCCUCGAUGGUAUAUUACAGCGAGCGCAGAAGAUCUUAUCUGAGUCAAUAACAGCCCCCCAAAUGCAAUUUUCGGCACUUCUCGAACAUCUGCUUGCUGAAGCAGAUCUGUGGGAGAAAGUGGCUGAUCGAAACCACUCGUUAGCAACUGAACUUGAAGAAUUGCGGCACUUGUUAGUGAACUGGCGAAAGAUGGAAAUAACGUGUUGGGAUAAUUUACUUGAACAAGUACAGACCGAUUGUCGUGCACAAACACUGCUACUGUCGUGGCCACUUUUCGAGGCACUUGACAAAAUGAAUAAAGGUGACGAUGAAAUUUUAGCGAUGACAAUUGAGUGGAUACAAAAUUCUACGAUUAUUGACUUUAAAGCUCGAAUACUAACUGCUGAAUUGCUGAUAAAGUUUAUUAAAUUGGCAAAAGAAACUGUAAGGAGUGAAUUAUAUCAACGUUUGGAAUCAGUGGUUGCAUAUUUCCGUCUAUUUGAUACUGUAGUUGAAAACAAAUUAGCCACACAAAAGAUACCUACGGAAAAGCAGCUGCAUGAUUUUGUUAAAAUAAUGAAAUACAACGAUUUAAAUUUAUGGAGUGUGAAAGCAUCAACCCAGAAAGCUCACAAACAGCUGUUCCGUCUCAUUAAACAGUUCAAAUUAUCGGGCAGCGACUUAGUUGCCCCUCUUUUUGAUGAAAUCCCACCGAUACUAUCAAUAAUAGAUCACGAGACUAAAGCGACAUUUGCUAAUGACCAAAUAAUACCAUGUAACGAUUUCUAUGCGAAACGCGCAAUUGACUUAACGUUGAAAAUUGUGACACGUUUCACGGAUGGUAUCCAUUUAGACGAUAUUCAGAGAUGUUGUAACGAUCUUAUUCGCAAUGAUGUUCAGUACGAAGGUGACGAUGCUAAAAAGGAAAAGCAGCAAGGUCGCGCACUGAGUGAACGACAAAAAGCAAUUGCACGUUUGUUGAAGGAUAGUGCUGCACUUGGUCUAAGUAGUCGAAAAGGCUUAACGGUUAAUCCGGAACAGUUAACAGCUAACGUUGUUGCUGGAAUGCCUGGAGAUGAGACGAUUUUGACGAAGUUCAUAAGGUUUGGAGGAGUAUCACGAAAUAUUGUCUUGAAGAAUUUCCAUAAACCAAAUGCUCAAAUCGGUACAAAGACGAUGAGCCAGUUAAAAGGGCUUACCGAAUUUAUCUUAAACGAACUGUAUUUGUGUCAUCAGACUAUGACAACCACUAAAGAAACACUGAGGAAGAUGGAUAAAGCUAAAAAAAUGUUGUUGAAUUAUCUAGGAAAUGCUAAGAAUGAAAGACAACCUUGUUUGCCCGGUCAGAAUUGGUUGCGUCACCUACAAGAGUCAAAAUAUUUGGUGCUUAAAUUCAAUUCAUUUUUGGAAUUUAUGAAAACCAAACUUCAAAAUGCUCCGGAAUGUAAUACUGAUUUCGAAGGAAAUACGGUCCUCAAAUUCAGUGGCAUUCAAGAUACAUGCUUAUCCCAAUUGCAUAAACAACAUCAAGAAUAUGACGUGACGCUUGAUGCAGUUAGGAAGGUGCAAGAUGCAGCAGCAGGAAUUCUUGAAAAUAUUAAAUGCUCACUUCUUCAUUCAUUGGAUUGUGAGAGUAUCGUUAUUUGGAAAAGUUCCGAUAUAACACACACCGUAAAUAUUAUGAAGUCGGAAAUUGCUGAUAUAAGUUCUCGGUUAUCUCUCAUUUCGUGUGUAAUGGUUGAAGAGGUUGAAGAGGCUCUGGAAAUCUUACGCGAAAUAUUAGAAGCGUUGACGAAUCCAAUAAAUGUUCAGGAAACAACUGAAGAUAUGCCGUGGGAGGGAACUCAAGUUUUGUUGAUCAUACUACAAAAUACUUACAAACAAGCAAUGUCAAUUGAUUUAGAAAAUUCUCGUUUUAUGGAUAUUCUUAAGCAACUGAUCAAUUUGUUGCGAAAUUUGGAUUUUAAUAAGUCAGCAGAGGAAACAUGGAAUUUGUGUGCGCAAUUAUCUAAAGGUAAAGGAUCGAUCGAAUGUGACCGUCUGGAGCAAAUAACUUCAAUAAGUAGUACGCUUUGUGAAGUUUUAUCUUUCAUUCUGGAGGUGAUUGAAAAUUCUGCAGUUGAGUUAGCCAAAUAUUAUAUACACUUCGAAUCAAUGACUGCUGCAUUGCUUGAAAAAGGUUAUGUAAAUCCGAUACCGAAGCCUCAAAAAGGGAGCAAUGAAAAAGAUGGAGAUGAACUGCAGUCGUGUGAUAACGAUAUCGCUGGUUUAGGAGAUGCGAAAGGUGAGAAGAAUGUUAGCGAUGAUAUAGAUGAAACAGGACAGGUUGAGGGCUUGAGAGGUGACCAGAAGAAUGAAUGUGAUGAACCAGACAAAAAUAAUAGCGAUAGUACACCGCUUGAUAUGGAUGAAGAUUUUGGUGGAUGUGUAGAGAAUAUUGAUUGCGAACAGAACGGCGACAGUGAAGAAAGUGAUGAAGAUGAAGAUAACGAACCUGAAGCAGAUAUGGAGAUGGGGGAUGUUAACCAGAAUCAAGAAGAUAAAUUGGAUCCCGGUUUGUGGGAUGAGAAUGAUGAUAGUGCGAAAGAAUUUGCUGACGGCAGUGAAGGUGCAAAUAAAGAAACAGAUAAUCUGGCUGCAGAUAAUGGUAAAUGGAAUUCUAAAAAUGACAAAAAUAAUAAAGAUGCAUUUGACGAUGAUGAUGAUGGUAAAGAUAACAAAGAUGAUAUUGAUGAUGAUGAUGUGGAGAAUGUGGAUAAGCAUGAAUCACUGAACAGUGAUGUGAACAGUGAAGAUCCUGCACGAAUUGAUGAAUAUCGCAGCGAUGGUAAUGACAGUGAAAACAAGUCAGAAGGCGAUAUGGAAGAUCUUGUAAGCAAUAAACUAGAUGUGGAUGAUGACCAAUCGAAUAGUGAUGUUGAAGAGGAAACGAUAGCGGAGAGUACUGAAAAGGAUGAGGAGGAAAUGACUGAAACAAAUAAUGCUGCAACGGAAAAGUUAAACAAGGAUGAUGAUGAUGAAGUUCUCAAAGGCGGUGCAGGGGGAAUGGAUAGAGAAGCAGUAAAAGAUACUGUAGAUGAAGAUACUAUUUCAAUUCCGAACGUCAUGGAUGAGAACAAUGAAAAUAUGAAAGAGACCGAUUCAGUAGCGAAUGUAGGCAAAGGAAAAAGUGGUUGUAACGAAACAGAAAACGAAGAUAUUGGAAGUGAAAAAUUGAAAAAUAUGGAAAAGGAUGAUGAGAAAUCCGAGAAAGAGAAGAAAUUAGCUGAUGAUAUUACUGAUAUUGCUAUGCAAGAAGCUCUUCCAAGCGAAGGUGAGCAAAAAGUUGAAGAAGGCUCCGAAUUUGGACAUGUUGAUGGAAAUAACAGCAGUUUAUGCGAGCAAAUAAUCAUCGAUAAAAGUUCGAUAGAGGAAGCACAAAAUUCAAAGGAAAGUAGGGACAAGUUAGGAGAUUUGAAGAAUAUAAAUGUGGAACAGAAUGAUGAAGAAAUGAUGGAAGAUGUUGGUACUGGAGAAAAACAGGGAAUGACCGAGGAUGAUUUGGUCGGAACUAAUAUCUUGGAUUCCGAUUACCGAAACUCGAUUAUCCAUUCGACAACAGAUUUUUAUCAUUUGGUAGAGCAGUCAGUUUCGACCACCACUUCAUUGGAUGCAGAGGAGGUAGAUUCGUCGAGCACUGAUGCAGAAGAUCGGUGGAACAGGAUUUCUGAUUCGGUCUCUGUUCUAGCAGCUGAGUUUUCGGAAAAUCUUCGAAUGAUUAUUGAGCCAACAAUAGCUUCUAGAUUUGAGGGUGAUUAUCGGACAGGUAAAAGGCUCAAUAUGCGUCGUUUAAUUGCAUAUAUUGCUAGUGGCUAUAGGAAAGAUAAAAUUUGGUUACGUCGUACGAAGAAAGCCCAGCACAAUUAUCAAAUUCUAAUUGCUGUUGAUGACUCGGCUUCUAUGCAUGAUAGUCAGAUUAAAUUAAAAGCUUGUCAAAGUGUUGCUGUGAUUGAAAGUGGACUACGAAGACUUGAAAUAGGACAGUUGGCUAUCUGCAAAUUUGGUAGUUCGAUGAAAAUGAUUUCCGACUUCGGAGAUUACGGUGGCAGUGGUUUGGGUGGAAAAUUAAUAAAGGAGCUGAAUUUUGAUCAAGUCCGGACGGACUUAGUCAAUUUGUUACAGUGUAGCAAGAAGAUUUUUGAGCAAGCUAGAGGCCGCGAAAGAAACGACCAAAUGUUGAUCAUUGUUUCGGAUGGCAGAGGAGUGCUGGCGGAUGGCGCUGAAGCAGUAAAAAAAGCUAUGGCCGAAUUACAUGCUGACCAGGUUACAGUACUUUUUGUGGCAAUCGAUAAUGGCGAAAAGUCAAUCGUGGAUAUGAAAGUAGCUGAGUUUACAGCGGAUGGAAAUGUGAAUCUCAUUCCAUACUUGCAGAAAUUUCCGUUUCCAUUUUACGUGGUUGUUGGACAUGUCGCCAUGCUGCCAGCUACAAUUGGUGACGCGGUCAGGCAGUGGUUUGAACUUACUGCACGUGACUCGUAA